AUGAGAAAUUCCCUUAAGCGGCUCCAAUUGGGAUAUGUUGAUGCUAUGUACCUGCAUAGAUAUGAUCAAGAAGUCCCAUUAGAAGAAACUAUAAGAGCAGUCAAUCAUUUGAUUGAAAAAGGGAAAGCUGAUUAUUGAGGAACUUCUGAAUUUACAGCUCUUGAAAUUCAAGAGUGAUAUAAGAUCAGCGACAAGUAUGGCUUUAUCCGCCCAGUUGUUGACCAGUGCCAAUAUAGCCUGAUUGUAAGGGAUAAAGUUGAAGUGGAAUUCCCUCCUUUGUUCGACAAAUAUGGCAUGGGCGCAGUUGCAUGAAGUCCUUUGAUGGGAGGAUUUUUAUCAGGAAAAUAUAAUGAUAUGAGCAUUCCUGAAGGAUCAAGAUUGGCAGACCCUAGUUUGCCUCAAAUAGCAAAAAAGCCAUAUGAAUCAUUCUUUUUGCCUGAAAAUCAAGAAAAGACUAGGAAACUCCUUGGUGGUUUAGGGGAACUUGCUUCGGAGAUAGGGUGCUCACAGUCGCAGUUAGCGCUUGCUUGAUGUCUAAAGAAUAAUGAUAUUAGCAGUGCGAUUUUUGGUGCAACUAAACUAUAUCAAGCUGAGGAUAACCUUGGGGCUAUCGAUGCUUUAUCUAAGUUAACUCCUGAAAUCUUAGCGAAAAUUGAAGAAAUUUUUGAUACAAGACCAAAGCCUCCUAUCAAUUGGAGAAAUUGGCAGUCAAUGCCUUCAAGAAGAUAG